GAGACCAACAAAUCAAAUUGUAGGUUUAAUAUGAGACCAGAAAAUUCUGAUGCCUUCCUCUUCGUGAGAACUUUUUGCUUGCCCUCUGUGCAUUCUAGAUUGGGUUCCCAGGUUAAGCUAAUACAUUUUAGUGGGAGCCCAUACUUCUACGAAGCUGUGUCAAAUAGGAUAUAAUAUGACCACAAGAAGCAUCAACAUUGCACCUUUACUCUCCUUCACGGGGCUUCGGAGAAAGCAAACAGAGCUGUCGUUUUUUCACUUUCUUAGAUGAUUUGUAAAUGCAUUUUCUGUCCAUAGAUCUGUCAACUUAAUCUCACUUAACUUCAAGGAAAGUAGUGUAAGUAACUUUUUCAAGACUUUUUGGCUCAGGAUUCUGAUAUACGGAAUCUAGAACGCUUCGGGUAUCUCUCCCGUCCUCUGAUCGCCAAUACGGGCAGGUCCAGGAUAACUAGUUCAGACACAUCUAUAGAAGAAGAGUGCUUUGGCCUUUACAAUGUGGGACUACUUGCCAGGCUGUCACGAAAUCGGCGGAGCUAGGACCUCUCGAGGCCGGCUUUCAAGGUCCUGGGGCUCCGCCCCGCCCACUGGGCGCUGUCUCGCCGUCGCGCCCGUGACGUCACGCGCUCUCCCGGAAGUGCCCCGGGCAGCUCGGGGGCGUGUCUCGCGACCGCUCCGCUCCGCGUGUAGUUGCUUGUGAACGCCGGUGGUUCGGCCCAGAGGCUGUCGCGCCCGCUGCGGAGGCGGCUGUGUCUUCCGCGGACGGGAGUCGGUAGGCCCAGAAACGUGAGGCAGCUUCGGACGCCCGGCGCGGCUCGAUGGAGGUAGUGGAGGCCGCCGCUGCUCAGCUGGAAACCCUGAAGUUCAAUGGCAUCGGCUUUGGGGCUGGCGAAGCUGCGACGGCGCCGUCCCCGGACCCGGCACCUACGCCAGGGCCGCGGCCGAGUGAGGGAGAGAGUGAGCGGGCCGUGCGGGCCCAGCCUGCCGGGGAGCAGCAGCCGCAGCCCGCGCUGGGCGCCGAGGCCGGCGGGAGCCCCGCGCCGCUGCCAGAAGUGGGGUCCCGAGGGCGCGGCGGCGCGGGCGCGGGCUGCCUGGAGGCCUCCGACUCCGACUCGGACUCCGACUCCGACAGUGAAACAGAUUCAGAUAGUUCAAGCUCUUCCUCUUCCUCCUCAUCUUCCUCCUCGUCAUCUUCGUCCUGUAUUUCACUGCCUCCUGUGCUAUCAGAUGGAGAAGAUGAUUUACAAGUUGAGAAGGAAAACAAGAAUUUUCCUCUUAAAACAAAAGAUGAGUUGCUUCUUAAUGAACUCCCUUCUGUUGAAGAACUCACUAUAAUUUUGCCUGAAGAUAUUGAAUUAAAGCCUUUGGGGACAGUUUCAAGUAUUAUUGAACAAUUAGUAAUAAUUGAAUCUAUGAGUAACCUACCUCCAGUUAAUGAGGAGACUGUAAUAUUUAGAAGUGAUCGACAAACAGCAGGAAAGAUAUUUGAGAUAUUUGGACCUGUUGCACACCCAUUUUAUGUGUUGCGAUUUAAUUCUUCAGAUCACAUUGAAAGUAAAGGUAUUAAAAUAAAGGAGACUAUGUAUUUUGCUCCAUCAAUGAAAGAUUUUACCCAGUAUGUUUUCACAGAAAAACUUAAACAGGAUAGGGGAUCAGAUGCAUCAUGGAAGAAUGAUCAGGAACCACCACCAGAUGCAUUAGAUUUCAGUGAUGAUGAAAAAGAAAAAGAAGCCAAACAGAGGAAAAAAUCUCAGAUUCAAGGUCGGAAGAAACUAAAAUCCGAAUUUAACGAGCCAGGAGAAGAUUCUGCUGAAGUACAUCAGAAUUGGAAUGCUUGCAGCUCUUCCUCGGAGCAUUCAAAAGGAUAUCACAGUGGAGAAUUCACACGAGGAUUUUCUAGGGGCAGAUACCCUCGACCGGGCCACAGCAGGCCUCCACCUCAGCAGUUUUAUAACUCAGAACAUAUGGUACCUCAGGAGACUUCAGGAUUUCCACCACAGCGACAAGACAGCCCAGUGAUGCCACAGUAUCCCUUUCCUCCUCCAGUGUUUGACAUGCAUAACUUUUCAUUCCCACCACCACCACCGCCACCGCCACCACCACCACCCCCAUCUGUCAGCAUGGGCUGGGCUGCAGCCAACAUGACACCCCAUCCGAUGCUCAACUUGCCGUACUCCCUGCCCCCACCUCCUCCUCCUCCACCACUGCCUCCCCCACCCUCUCAGGGAGAUAGUAGUGCUUCUCAUUUUGGACCUUAUUAUUAGAGGCAUGCAUCGUUUCCAGAGAAGUAUGGACUUUUCAUAGUGUAUAUGUUACCUUUUUUUUUCUAAAGAAAAGUAAUUAUGGAGCUAGAUUUUUACAAACACUGUAAAAUACUAAGUGAUUCAGUUGUAAGUUGAUAUAUAUUUGUAACUUUCGUGAAACUGUAUUCAUAUAAAAAUUUUAGCCCAAAUUCUUGGAAGUAAAUCCAAUUAUGUAAUACAGUAUUUAAUUAAAA